UUUUUAAGUCAAGAUAGGACUGGUCUGUAACCGUUCAUGUGUUCUGUCAGGGAAAAAAACUGAUAUCUGCUUAGUCCAUACUGGGAAUGCUGAAGAAUAUAUGUGUGUGUGUGUGUGUGUGUGUGUGUGUGUGUGUGUGUGUGUGUGUGUGUGUGUGUGUGUGUGUAUCUCUUCAGUCCAUACUGAGAAUGCUGAAGAAUGCUCUGCUCCUAUUACUGUAAAAGUAAAUACAAAAAAAGACACAGAAAGAGGUCAAAUGAAGAAGUCUAAAAUAAUCAUUCAUUAAUUUGUUGGAGCUGAGAAAUGUUUACUUCCCUGUCAGAGGUCUUCAUGUGCUGUCAUGAUAUGUGUUAUGAUAGUGGAAAGGUAAGAGCUUCUUAAGAUAUAUUUAUUCUUACAUGUAUUCAUUCAAACUAUUAUGAAGUGUUAGAAUAUUAUGAAGUGUUAGACAAGGUUCUAGGAAGUAUGCUUAAAAUAUCACUGCACCACUGACUUCGUAUCCAGUAUUACUUUAUGAUCUAACAAACAUGCUGUACUAAACAAGUGGGAUCUACUUCUGAUAGUGAAUCUGUUGGAUCUAAACGUUUAGGGUUUGCUGUUGAUGAUGAUGAGCUCUGUGACGUCGCUGUCUGUGGUGAUUCUGCUCACAAUUCAAGGUGUGUGUGGUGAGGAGUGGAGCAUUGAGUACCUGCCUAAGAGCGCAUGUGGUUUUGUGGGUGAUUCAGUGUAUAUGUUCUGCUACACCAACCCCCGUAACCUGAGCAUUACAGAAGUUUACUGGACAAAACACAACUAUACGGAUCCUCCUCCUCUUCGUGAUGACCCAGAGUACAGCAACAGAAUCAGGGAGGGCUGUAAUCAUGAAAAGAAAUAUUGUGUUUUAGUAAUAAACCUAUUGACUAAAUUAGAUAUGGGUGAGUAUUACUGCAGGAUAACAACAUCGAUUAAAGACCAGAACAGGAUUGGAACACCAGGGAUUUAUCUGGAUGUUAAAGACGCCCCACAGACAUCAGUGUCCAUCAGUCCCCCUGGUGACAUACAGGAAGGCACAGACGUGACUCUGACCUGCACCAGCACAUCUGAUCUACCAGUGAGGAGCUACAGGUGGUACAAGACUUAUAAUCGUAUAGCCAUGGAGGGUGGAAAAACAUACACCAUCAAACACAUCACACCUGAAGACAGUGGGCAAUAUAAAUGUUGGCCAGAGUAUGAAUGUGGCUUCCAACCCUCAUCUAUUGUGCAUCUCCAGGUUUUAUAUCCUCCAAAGAACACAAGAAUCGAGUCUGAUCCAUCUGGUGAAAUGAUUGAACGAAGCACAGUGACUCUGACCUGCAUAAGUGAAGCUGACCCACCAGUACAGACAUACACCUGGAUCAAGAAGAGUGGAGCUGUAGAACUGAAGCCAGGAAAGGAGAAGACACUCAUCUUCAACAAGAUCCGUUUAGAGGACAGUGGACAGUAUCUCUGUCAAGCAGCCAACAUGAUUGGUCAACAGGACUCUCCUGCUGUGUCUCUCCAAGUGAUAUAUACUCCAAAGAACACAACAGUCUUCACUACACCUUCAGGUGUGAUAACCAAGGGCAGUUCAGUGACUCUGACCUGCAGCAGUGAUGCCAACCCGCCAGUGGAGAUCUUCACCUGGUUUAAGCUGAAUGAGUCCACUCCAGUAGGAUCAGGACAGCAGUACAGCAUCACUAACAUCAGAUCUGAGGACAGAGGACAGUACUACUGUGAAGCCAGGAAUAAAUAUGGAGCUGAGAACUCAUCUACUGUCUCAGUCUCUGUCUCAGGUAUCAGUGUGUCUCCUUGUUUCUUCAAUGAUGAUUUAACUUGUGAUUGUCCUCCUCCUGUGCUUCAUGUCUAAUUGGUUCCUUUUAGGAGAUCAAUCCCCUGUAUUGAUUCCCGUGGUGGCAGUCUCUGUCUGUGGACUUGUGUGUCUGCUGUGUGGUUUUGUUGGGGUGAAG